AUGGUGCUGCUGCAGGUUAAGCGCGGCGACGAGAAUCUGUUCAUUUACGAGACCAGCGUGGAUGAGGACACCACCCACGUGAUACGCGAUAUCACUGCUAUUUAUAACGGACGCUUGAAAGUCUACCGCGUAUGCUCGGAAAUUGAGGAACUCAUUGAACAUGGCACCAUGUUGCCGCCCGAAAUGGUGGGACUGACCGACGAGCAAAUUCUUGAGUUGAAAUUGAAGGAUAUUUGGGCUGAGAAAUGCAUACCGGCUGGUGGUUUCGUCACGAAUAAAGACCCACUGGGGCGUCGCAAUGGACAGCAGCCGCAAGAAAAAAUGCGUGAGAUACUCAAGAAGGCAAUGGAGGAUGCCAAGAGCUUCAUCGAUAAGAAAUUAGUGGCAGCGCGUCAGCCGUUACAGUUGAAAAAUGUUUCCGAGGCUUUGAAUUUAUUACGCGGCGCUAUCACCAUUGUUUACCCCAUGCAAUUGCCGCCGCACGAUAUCAUACGCAUGGAAUUCAACAAUACGGAGGAUUUGAGCGGCACGCAAGCCUCACGCGAAGUCAUCGAACCAGCCAAGGCACAGUUGUGGUUCGCUGGCAAGCAAAUUCUGUCCGAACAAAAAUUACACAAAUAUGUUGGCAGGAACGAUAAGACUAAAAUUGUGGUUAAAAUAAAUAAACAAGGCGAAGGGCCACCCGGUCGGGAGGCUGUGCUCACGGAAGAUAUGCGUAAACGUAUGAUGGCCGAAGCUUAUCGCAGACAGGAACAGUUGAAGGCCAAUAUUUAA